UAUCAGUGCGCUUGGUUUGAUAAACAAGUAAAUAUUUAUCAAACAGAAUUUAUGUGCACAUUUAUGUUCACUAUCAAGGGUUAUAGUGUUUUUUUCACGUGCUAACCCAACCCGGCCUGAUGUUACACCAGACAAUCAGCCUGACCGUGAUGAUUCUGUCAGCAACGUUAGCGUCCGCUAUCCAAUGGAACAACCGCUCUGGAGACGAAAACAAAACCACACUUCCUCUGCUGCUUAAUGUAGACGUGUCCGGGGAAGAAAUGAGCCUUAUUUGGUCGUUUAAUCAAACAACGACUCAAAUAUUUGGAUUUCGUGUUCGAAUUACUGACCUAGAUGGCAACACCCAGUAUAAAUCUCCCAUUCUCCAGGUAUCUGAAACUGAGAUGGUUAUACGGUUUCAACCAGAGGAAGAUAGUUUAGUUUGCCUCGAAGUGCUCGCAAAUAUUACCACCAUUAUACACAAUAAAUGUGAGAAAGUGAAUCUCAGCAUUCAGAGAGUAGUGGUUGGGAUACUAGCCGGUGCUGUUUUCCUUAUUCCCUGCAUUAUUGGACUUAUCUUCAUAAUUGUAAAGGACCAAAAGAAAAAACGACCAGAGCGGUCCUCACUGCCUAAAUACGAUCGUAUAAACAGUCCAGAUAAAAUAUAUGUUAAAAUUACAAACAUUCAAGGAGUUGCUAACGCUAUAGAAAACAACAACGACGCCGUCAAUGAACACCGUAGUAAAAUACAGUCGAUAACAGCUACUGGAAUUGACAACACUGCAUUUAAUAUUGACUCAAAAAACAAUCCAAUGAAAACUGGCAUUAUUUCAGACAGAGUUACAUUGGACUCCCAGGACUCCAAGAAUGUAAAAUUGAUGAAGAAUGGAGGUGAACAAUUGAAAAAAGACGAUCACAUAGACCAAAGUGUUGACUUAACUGAUGAGGACUUGAAUAAGCUAACUGAUACAUUAACAAAUAGUAACAGUGUAACUAAAAGAAAUCCAAAUGACUGUCACUCACAAAUAUACGUCAUCAAGCUUUAACAUCGCACGCAUUAUUCAACU